AAUUGCAAAAAAUUCUUUCUUUCGGAAACCUAUAAUGUAAUUUUGAAGGAUUUGGAUAUUAUUUAAUAUUUACGUAGUUUUUGUGGAAUGUGAGGAAAAAAGAGACCAUUGACGUACUAAAUCCAUAAGGGGAGGUUAGUUGGUUUGAUCUGAGGAAGGGGAAGGGCACCUCUGAUUCCCUCAGAUCAAGAGCCCUCCCCCUCUCUCACUGCAGAAAUUGAUGUGAGAUUACUAAGCACAAAAGAUAUCUUAAAGGAGUAUUGAACUAAGGUCACAAUGGGUCGUUUCGGCAUGGGUCACGGUGCUCUGGCGAUUCGUGAUCGCCGGCGCCGCCACAGUCGACUGUCGGUAACUGGCGUUGGUUACCAACCGCAGCAGCACUGUGAGAAUUACAUGGUCUUUGCGCAGCGCAGCCAACGGAAGAAUUCAGUCACCUCCAGCCAGAGUGUACCAGUGAAGGGAGGUCCAGCCUCUGCUGACGUUGCUGCUGUUGGUGACGUUGCUGUCAGUAUACCCGGGCAGCUGCUGACGUCUAGUGACUUCCCCAAGACGUUGAGCUUGCCUGAGGUUACCGAUGGACCAGUGCCCGGUCCUUCCUGGUGGCCUGGCCCACCCUUCCAGCAGGGGGGUAUUGUUCGUUCUAACACGAUGGGCAUUGUGCCUGGCCUGCUGCCGCAGCAGGCAGCUGAUGACCAGCUGACCAGGGGCAAGCUAGGCCUCCUUUCAGAUAUCUUCAAUGGGAACAGGUGGAAUUACUUCCAGGAGCGCCUCAUGCCCCCUUCUUCUUUACCGAACGGGAAGAGUGCGUGGGGCGGGCGAGGCGGCGGCCAGAAGAAGGUCUCGGAGGCCCAGAAGAGAUGGGUCAGUAAGAACAAGGUGGGCGAUACAGCGGGUGGCAGCCUGGAGAAACGUGCUGACGGUCGUUAUAGACAGACUGGUGUGGUUAACAUUGUCCUCUAUGUCGGUCUAGACUGUUUUAGUUUAGGUCUGAUCAUCACCUUCAUUGGUAUGGGUGAACAUGGGUUUAAGUCCCAGGAGCUGCAACUCAUCGGUCCCAGCCUGAUAGGCUGUGGCUUCCUCUUCUGUCUGCUGAGGCUCUUCUUCUGCUCAACACCUGCCUGCUGCACUGUCUGCUGCAAGAAGGGAACGUCUCUAGACGAGAAGGCUCUGUUGUCUCCCUCCCGUGAGACGCUAACAGAAGACACAACAGAAGUCCAGCAGCGACAACAACAGGAGCCGCAGCGUCUACCACAGCUACAGAAGAUCACCAACCAGCUGGUGAGGAACAAACACAGAACCAAGAAGAAGAAAGAACAGGAAGAACAGGAGGUUCAGAAGGUUUUGGUGGUUCCAUCCAACAUUCCCAACUUCAUCGAGGACGAGGGAGAUGAGGACGAGGAUUUGGGACUGAAGGUCGAGUACAUUGACGAGGUGGGUCAGGAGGCCACACCAAGACGGAACCUUGAACCUUUCGCUAGUAACUCCAGGCCGGCCUCUUCUCACAGUCAUAACUCCACAGCCUCGAAAGUGUCCAAAAUUGAUGGCCACAGCAUCACGAGACAAAACAGUGAGAUCCUGCUAGACCCGGCCACUUUAGAGAGACCAGAAGGCUGAGAGACCAGGAGGCUGCGAGACCAGAAGGCCUUUAUAUACCAGGGGACCUCCCCAGACCAAACCAUAACUCGCCCUGUACCUGUUCCCUGAUUGAUGCCCCCUUUUCUUAGGGCGCCCUAAGUGGAGUCAAGUGUUUGCUUACCAUGGUAUCGAAGGGAAUUAGAUUCACACAUGGAAAAUGAAACAGAGAUAAUGAGUGGAAAGAACUGCGAAAAACACGAGUCAGUCUAGUGUGUGUGUGUGUGUGUGUGUGUGUGUGUGUGUGUGUAUGUGUGUACUCACCUAUUUGUACUCACCUAUUUGUGGUUGCAGGGGUCGAGUCACAGCUCCUGUGUGUGUGUGUGUGUGUGUGUGUGUGUGUGUGUGUGUGUGUGUGUGUGUGUGGAUGUGUGAGUGUGUGUUGUCUCUCUUUCUCUUGCUCUCUCUUUCUCUCAUUCUCUAAGUGUCCUAGUUUUAUACACUCUACGAGUGCAACAUUUUCUGGUGUAUGUGUAUACAGACACCUACGUGUAUGGUAAUACAGUGUGUGCACGGACGCUCCACCUGUGUCAUCUGAUCCACUGUGCACUCCCAGUCAACUCGAUCAAACAUUCAUCCGACCCAUCAACCCCUCUGCCAAGCACUC